GGCCCCGCCUCUACGUCGACCAAUAGCCAGUAGCAGCGCGCCAGCCCGGACCCCUGGCCAAUGGAAACUGAGGUGGGCGGGCCAUCGCGCUGCAAGGCCCUGGUCUGUGAGCUUCCCGACCGCGGCUACCCAGCGAGCGCGGAGCCGGUCGCAGGCAGACCAUGUGGACCCUGGUGAGCUGGGUGGCCUUAGCGGCAGGGCUGGUGGCUGGAACACAGUGCCCAGAUGGUCAGUACUGCCCUGUGGCCUGCUGCCUGGACCCAGGAGGAACCAGCUACAGUUGCUGCAGUCCCGUUCUGGGCCAGUGGCCCACAGAGCUGAGCAGGCAGCUGGGCAGCCCCUGCCAGAUAGAUGCCCACUGCUCUCCUGGCUACUCCUGCCUCCUGACCAUCUUGGGGACCUCCAGUUGCUGCCCGUUCCCAGAGGCCGUGUCAUGCGCUGAUGGCCGCCACUGCUGCCCGCGGGGCUACCACUGCAGUGCUGAUGGGCGGUCCUGCUUCCAAAGAUCAGAUACCAGCCGCUUGGGUGCUGUGCAGUGCCCUGACAGCCGGUUUGAAUGCCCCAACUCCUCCACGUGCUGCACUAUGCGAGAUGGCUCCUGGGGGUGCUGCCCCAUGCCCCAGGCUUCUUGCUGCGAAGACAAGGUGCACUGCUGCCCCCAUGGGACCUCGUGCGACCUGGCUCAUGCCCGCUGCCUCACAGCCACAGGCACACACCCUCUGGCGAGGAAGAUCCCCGCACAAAGGAGUAACCGGGCAGUGGUCAUAUGCCCCGAUGGGCGGUCCCAGUGCCCUGAUGGUUCUACCUGCUGCGAGCUGCCUAGUGGGAAGUAUGGCUGCUGUCCAAUGCCUAAUGCCAUCUGCUGCUCGGACCACCUGCACUGUUGCCCCCAGGACACUGUGUGCGACCUAGUCCAGAGUAAGUGCCUCUCCAAGGAGAACGCUACGGACCUCCUCACCAAGCUGCCAGCGCAAACAGUGCAGGAGGUGAAGUGUGACAUGGAGGUGAGCUGCCCUGACGGCUACACCUGCUGCCGCCUACAGUCAGGGGCCUGGGGCUGUUGCCCUUUUGCCCAGGCUGUGUGCUGUGACGACCACGUACACUGCUGCCCGGCUGGGUUUAAAUGUGACACAGUGAAGGGCACCUGUGAACAGAAGGCCAGCCAGAUGCCCUGGAUGGUGUGGGCCCCAGUCCACCUUUACCUGUCGAAAGCCAAGGCCAUAGAGCACAAUGUCCCCUGUGAUAACAUCACUAGCUGUCCCUCUUCCAAUACCUGCUGUCGACUCGCGUCCGGGGAGUGGGGCUGCUGUCCUGCCCCAGAGGCUGUCUGCUGCUCAGACCACGAGCACUGCUGCCCCCAUGGCUACACAUGCUUGGCUGAGGGGCAGUGUCAGAAGUGGAGCAGGACGGUGACUGGACUGCAGAAGAUGCCUGCCCGCCGGGCUGCCCUGUCUCAUCGCAGAGACAUGGGCUGUGACCAGCACACCAGCUGCCCUGUGGGGCAGACCUGCUGCCCAAGCCUGAGUGGGGGCUGGGCCUGCUGCCAGUUGCCUCAUGCUGUGUGCUGUGAGGACCGCCAGCACUGCUGCCCGGCUGGGUACACGUGCAACGUGAAGGCACGAUCCUGCGAGAAGGAGGCGGAUUCUGCCCACCUGGCUGCCCGCCUGGCCCGUGGCCCUCGCAGGGGUGUGGGGAACGUGGAGUGUGGAGCAGGGCACUUUUGCCAUGAUAACCAGACCUGCUGCCGAGAUAGCCAAGGGGGCUGGGCCUGCUGUCCCUAUCGCCAGGGUAUCUGUUGUGCCGAUCAGCGCCACUGCUGCCCCACGGGCUUCCGAUGCGCGGCCAAGGGAACCAAGUGUCUGCGGAGGGAGAGCUUGCGUUGGGACAUGCCGCCGAGGGACCCAGCCCCGAGGCAGCUGCUGUGAGGCGAGACUAAGGACUGAAGAUAGUCUGCAGCCCUCGGUACCCUGCUCAGAGGGUCCCCACUGCUCAGGCCUCCCCAGCACCUCUCCCCCACCAAAUUCUCCUGGAGUCCCCCAUUCUGAUCCCCCAUCAUGGGAGGUGGGCCCUCUGUCUGAGGUCCUCCCUAUCUCAAGGGGGGCUGUGGCGAAAGCCAUGUUACAAGCUGCCAUCCCCUCCCCCAAUUUCCGUGGACCCUGUGGCCAGGUGCUCUUCCCUAUCCACAGGCGUGCGUGUGUGUAUGUGCUGCAGUAAAGUUUGUACACUUUCUUAA